AUGCAGGUGCAAGAGAAUCUCCGCCCCAAGCAUGGCGAUGCAUCCACGAGCUUCGAGGCCGGGCCGAAAGCCGACCCCAAAGUGGCCGCGCAGCUCCAGAAAAAGGCGGAGUUGGAGCUGAAGAUCAAGGAGUUGGAUCGCCAGAUCGAGGAGCAGCGGUCAAAGGAGCGGGCCCUCACCGAGCAAGAGGACGAGCACCGCAAGGAUAUGGGUGAGAAUGCCAUCCUGACCCCACAGCAGGAGAAAGCCGCCCUCCAGAGCCGAGACAUCGCCCUACAGCAGGAUGCUGUCGUGGACAAGACGGAGCAGCUCGUGAAGGUGGGAGAAGGUUUCCCGUAA